CCCCAGGAGGAGUUAGCCAGCAGCUAAUGACCAGCAACCCAGGAGGAGUAAGCCAUCAGUCCUGUUUGUCGUAGAAAUAUACUAUUUGAAUAGACGUUUUUUUACAUCACCCACUUCCUGAUCACGGCAGCAAACAAACAUGGCGGCCACCAUGGAGCUGAGAUGCUGGGGAGGUGAUUGGGGUUUGCCUUCCGUCCACACAGAGUCUCUCAUAGUGCUGGCCUAUGCCAAGUUCUCUGGAGCCACGAUCACAGUAGCUCCCAUAGACUGGACGUGGAAGACUUUGACAGGCACAGUGCCAGAGUUGGUCUACCAGGGAUCCACAAUAACCGAACCUGCUCAGAUUCUCAACUUCCUGAGAAAACAGAGGUUUAAUGCAGACUAUGAGUUGUGUUUGCAGUGCAGUGCUAACAACAAAGCCUGUAUCCACCAUGGCCUACACGCUCUAUUGGAGGAGAAACUACGACCAGCCCUGUUACACACAUUCUGGGUGGAUGCUGAGAACUAUGCUAACCUGACUCGGCCGUGGUUCGCCUCCCGCUCUCCCUUUCCCCUCAACUUCCUGGUCCCUGGUCGCCAUGCCAACACAGCCCUGUCCCGGAUCCUGCUGACCAAGGGAGAGUCUCCUCUACACACUAUCACUGAGGUGGAGGGAAAGAUUUACAGUGAAGCUAAGGAGUGUCUGAAUCUGCUUUCCCACAGAUUGGGGAUGGCCUACUACUUCUUUGGGAACACGCCAUGCAGUCUGGAUGCAUUUGUGUUUGGCUUUGUAGCUCCCCUCCACAAGGCCAGCCUACCCAGCAGCCCUCUGCAGAGCCACCUCAGACAGCUGGACAACCUCCAGCGCUUCUGUGACCACAUACUCAACGCUCACUUCAGCAGUCAUCCCGGGUCUCCCCAGCCGGUUCAGGAGACGGUGGAUGCCAACCUGCAGAAACUCACUCAGCUUGUAAACAAAGAGUCCAACCUCAUAGAGAAGAUGGAUGACAACCUGAGGAGCAGCCCUCAGCACAAACCCCUCAGAGCAGACCCCAGACCCAGCCCGGGCAACGACAAGAGCUCUACCCCUGCCUAACCCCUAACCCCUCACCUCUAGCCCUCGACCUCUCAUCCCCGACCAGCCUGGUGGAUGGGAUGGGUGCUGUAUUAUACUAAACCUGGUUCUGUAAAUGCCCUAGCCUGAGUGCCAGUCUGUUUGUACUAGCAUGCCAACUCUUUCUUACUCAUUGACAAGCAAUGGAGUUGGCAAGAGCACAAACAGAUCUGGGAUCAGGCGACAAAUACCCUAGGUUAUCCUUUAAAUUAUGCAUUUGAUAGUUUUAGAGAGUUUAUGCCUUGCAAGUGUAAUUAAAACUGCCCUGAAUGGAAACUAUCAAUGAAGAAAAAUAAUGGCAGAAUUGUGGACUAUUUAGAGAUGAUGACGUCUGUAAAAUAGAUAUGGUUUCAUGAAAUGAGGGAGAAGUGCACGGCGAAAUGGAAAGGUUUCAGUGGUUUAGAGCGGAAUGCUGAGGACUGCUACCAAACGAGAAGCCUUUAAACAUUGAAAGGCAAGAGGCAGGAAAUGAGAAGGCCAGUUGGUUUAAAACGCUCUGAGAGAGAGGUACUGCCUUUCUACUGACCUGCUGUAAGAUAGGGAAAACCUUUUCUAACAGAUUCUAAAGGGUUGAAAUGACUGAGGCCCCAAUUCAUUCCAACCUGCAUUGUAGUAUGUAUUAAACACAGGAACAUGUGAACAUGUUUUCUUUCCUGUGGUUGGGUAAUAUCCAAAUGCAAAACUCCUCCCACAGGUACAUGUACUGUCGAUGCUCUCAGGUUUCAGAAAUAGGUUGUGUUCGUGGGCAGUGGUCGUGUAAACAAGGUUACUGCAUAAACACUAAUAUGGCAGGUUUGCUGGAAUUUAUUCAUAGAUAAGGGCUAAGUCUAUGCUAAAUAUACGAGGCAGUUAUUCUUUAGCUCUGUGGUAUAAUGGGAAAUAAAAUGUAUGGGUCACUUAAUCUACAUGUUUGUAAUGAACAGUACAGGUUGAAUUGAUGCAUCAUUUUGAGAGAUUCUGGUGUAAAUGAGGUCAUUACUGACAGGCAGACACUGACACUGGUCUACUUGAGCUUUGAAACGUCAUAGCUACUGUAGUUGCUGUUGCACAGUCCUAAAUGAUCAGAAUAAUGCUCUUUCCUCACCUGAGGACUGACUCGACCGUUUCUCUGCUGAGACUCGACGCACGCCCCAAAUGGCACCCUAUUCCCUACAUGGUGGGCUACUUUUGACCAGAGCGCUAUGGGCCCUGGUGAAAAGCAGUGCACGAUAAAGGGACUACAGUGCCUGAAACAGGUUUUCCUCGAGGAUUUUGCCAGUGCAAAGCUGUAUUUCUAGCUGUCUGUGGUGGUUCCAUCCAGACCUGAUGUAUCUAUGUACAUAAUCAUUAAAUGUUCCUAUUACUUUAUGAGGGCAUGUGCUGUACAGCUGUCUAGUUUCAGUUCAUUUGUGUUCAUAUUGAAUGGGGGAAUGUUUAAUACAAUGCAGAUGAUUUUGUUUGUUAGAAUGUCACUUAUUUUACUGAGGGAGAUGUCUAAGCCUAAAGUUUUCCCUUUAACAAAUAGAUCAUCUUUACAACUGUUGUUAAGGUAGCUCUGUGAAUAGACUUGAAGUAUAUAUGUACAGUAUGUAUGCUAUCAUAUCGCUGUAGAAGUUAGCCCGUUUAAUUAGCUAUCGUCCUGCCUCUUCAUUAACAGAUCGAGUCGUCGUGAUCGUAACGUUGUAUCAUUGUAAAUACAUUUAAAUACGAAUCCAAUGCAUUUCAUUCGGUAUUGUUUCUUUAUAACGGUGCUGCUUAGAUGAAUGCGGCUCAACUCUCCUCGUGUGUUUUCUUUCUUUAGCUAAGACUGAAGUAAGUUAUUGAUUCUACAGUUGGGGUUCAUUUAGGCGUUUUAGAUUAUUGUUCAGCAGAAUCAAAAAGCACUACGUUUGUAUACUGCCCUACAAAACGCAGUACCUAUGUUUGUUUGUUUUUUACUGCAAAAUCUGACUUCAAAGUCUUUUUAUGUAGAAGACAGCCAUUUCUGAUAUAUUCUGAUCAAAAUUUGUAGUUAUUGCGUUUUGCCUUUGUAGGGCAGGCAGUAUAUUGUGAGGUAUUUUACUUUUGAUAUCAAAUCCAUCAAGUCUGAUCUCAAACACAAACAAAAAAGGUGUAAUGGAUUCUGACUCAAAAGACGUUGCAUAUUUUCUCUUUUGAUCUCUAAUUCGCCCCAUGUUGUGGAGUUGUUUUUGUAAAGAUGUGUUUUGUUGAUCAUGAUUUUGUCUAUAUUAGUUAUGCUGUGCCUACAUCACCAUCGCCUUGUCUGUUAUGAGCAGGUCCAUCUAUUCGGGAACAUGCUGUGCAUUAGACAAUGAUGGAGAACUCUGCUAACAUACUGUACGCCAUCUCUGCCUGCAGAUGUCAGAAGUAUGUCAUUACUGCAUGUUUGAAGUAUGUCAUUUGUCUCCCACUGACAUCCAGAGCCAUAUAUUUAUAUGACUCUGGUGACAUCCAGCAUCAGCUACUGUAAUAGUGGCUCUAUUCACCUGAAUGUUCCAUGUUGUUUCCUGUGCUUUGCCUUUGCUGUUGUUUACUUCCUUUGUUGACAGGAUUAACAGGGACUGUUCAGUGCUUAAAGGGAAUGUAUCCAUGUAGUGAAUAUUCCCUUUAAGCAAUGAAUAUUAUUCACUUCAUGGAUACAUUCCCUUUAAGCGCUAUGGAAUUAGUUACAACUGUAUUCAUUGUUUUGGUUUGUGUAAGAAAGAGAAGAAAUACAUGUAUAGGAGAAAGGGAGACAGUAUUAGGAAGGACUGGUACUGUGUGUCUUGAUAAGACUGCAGAAGCGAUUGUAUAGCUGUAAACUACUGUAACCAACUUUCUCAGAUUAAACUCAUGUUUGGAAUUGUAAUAACACUAUUGUCACUUUUAUCCAAGUUCAGAAAGUCACAGUUAGGAUUUGGCCCAUUGUCCUUAGCUGGUCAAUACUUGAAGUUCAAACAACUUUAGUAAAUUCAUUCUCCUGAGGUUUUGUGAUGGGAUGAAAAACAGAGUUUUAACCAUGAUAUUGCCAUUGUAAUAUCAUAUUCCUGGUUCAUUCUUUGUGCAUGGUUGCACAUGAAUGCUUUCAUUUCAAUUUAAUAAAAGUAUAACCUAACCACCCA